AUGCCAAACCUUUCCUUUAUGAUGCCCAGAAAGCUCGUGCAUCUGGUCGUGAUGCAGAAGUCGACCUCACUUGUUCAGGUAUUCGGGCCCUACACGGGAAAUGAGGGAGGUCGUCUCUUGAAACAAUGCGAGAAGGUCUUGAGGGAUCAAGGUGGGGAGGCCUACGGCGACGCAUUCGAGCAAAGCAUGGUUCGGAAUUUAUCUCUCGAUACCGUCGAUGGGUACGAAGCCAAAUUACCUGAAGGUAGCUCUGUGCGACUUCAGAUACAGGUAGAAGAAAAUCUGAAAUUGUCGGAGGAUUUCAAACAAAAAAGGGACGAGUUUUGGGCUAACCUACCGGAGAGUGCGCAAUACCCUCCUUAUUAUUCUCUUCGAGUACUUGAACUUUUGGAGCCAAUCAUCAUCGAAGAUUACGAUAAAUUUGAGGCUCAAAUUCAAAAGGACUUGCCAGACAAACUCCCCGUCAAAUCAUUGAAAGUCAAAGGCACAUCUUUCAGUACCAGCGUCCUCGAGGACGUAGCGAGGGGGGGACAGGCCAUUCUUAUCAAGGCUUCUCACAAAGAUGGAGACAACAGAGAAUUUGGGCAAGCGAGCCCGCACAAACUCCUUUAUUAUAACUACAGAGACAAGGGAGUCCAGGCCCGCGAAGUGACCUCCAUCAUGACAAUCACCCAACGCGAAUUGGGAGCGAGGCAUGAUGCUAAGACUGGAUACUGGAGCUUCUGGGACUCUUCCAGCUCAGACACCGCUUCGGAAUAA